CGUCUCAGGCCUCUCGUCUGAGAUCAGCUUCUCCGUCCGUCCGUCGCACGUCUUGUGCUCGGACCGUUCACGUGAACUGCGCAUGCGUCUGGUGACGUCGUUCAUCGGCCGCCUGUCGUUUCGGUCUUUGCUCGCAUUUAACGAGGCGAAUUAUUUUUUUUUGUGUUCCAGCAGCGUCUUUGUUGCAUUCAAAUUGGCUUAGGCGUCGGCGGAACCGAUCGAUCGGCCAUAAACCCCUGGCUGGUCUGACCACAAACUUUGAUCUCACGGACGAUAAAGCCUUUGGGCCAAGAUUAGUGCCCACGAAAUACCCAGAAGAGUGUGGAAGAAGAAGCAGCCAUUGACGCGUGGCUUCGAUAAGCAGUGGGCCAGCAGGCGGGCCAACAGCAGGCGGUGGUGCUGGUCGCAAGGCGGCGGCGCACGGGUUAACCGACUUAACCAAGAUGAACGAGGCAAUAGGGUGGAUAUAUAAAGAGUCCCACCUGAGGCAGGACACUCCAUUAUCGUUGCAUUAUGUGGCACUGGCUGCGGUUCCUGCGACGCGAUCAGCCGCUGAGGGUUUACUUCUUUGCCGUGCCCCGUCUCAGUCUGGAGAUCAUGGGCUACUGGCCGAUAGGCGAGAAUCUGCCCACCCGUGCCAUCGUUCACUUUGUGAUCCUGUUCAUUGGCGUCGUCACAGAGCUGCACGCGGGCAUUGCGUUUCUGCAGAAGGCUCAAAUCACCAUGGCACUGGAGACACUCUGUCCGGCCGGCACGUCAGCAGUUACGCUCCUGAAAAUGCUGCUAAUGCUGCGCUAUCGCCGGGAUCUGGCCAAUAUGUGGUUGCGACUGCGCCAUAUGAUCUUCGAUGAGGGCCUAAACAGACGGCAACAGCGAGCCAUUAUGCAUGAGCAUUCGGUAAUGGCGGCGCGCAUCAAUUUCUGGCCACUGUCCACGGGUUUCUUCACCUGCACCACAUACAACCUGAAGCCACUGCUCAUUGCCUUGGUGCUGUAUUUGCGUAACCCCGAGCAGGAGCUACUGUGGAACACACCGUUCAAUAUGACAAUGCCAGAAGUGCUGCUGCGCUCUCCGUUCUUUCCACUGACCUACGCCUUUAUUGCCUACACGGGCUAUGUGACCAUCUUCAUGUUUGGCGGCUGCGAUGGCUUCUACUUUGAGUUUUGUGCCCACAUCUCGUCCCUCUUUCAGUCGCUCCAAGAGGAAAUGCGCGCCACCUUUCAACCCUACCAAGCAUACCUGAAGCUAACGCCCAAGCAGUGUGUCCUGCUGGAGCUCCAGCUGCGUGACAUAAUAAUCCGACAGAAUGCUAUCUUUGCGCUGACAAGUUUCUUCCGGAAACGCUAUGCGACAAUCACGCUGGCGCACUUUGUGUCCGCCGGAUUGGUCAUCGGUUUUAGCAUCUGCAAUCUGUUGACCGUCGGCAAUGGCAGCCUGGGCGCCCUGCUCUAUGUUGCCUACACGGUGGCCGCACUCAGCCAGCUGCUCGUCUACUGCUACGGCGGCACUCUGGUGGCCGAAAGUAGCGUUGAGCUCUCUCGUGUGGCGGCCACUUGUCCCUGGACAUUGUGUGCACCCAGGCAGCGUCGCAUUAUUCUGCUCCUCAUUCUACGAUCCCAGCGAGCCCCGACCAUGGCGGUGCCGUUCUUCUCGCCAUCACUGUCCACAUUUGCAUCGAUACUACAGACGUCUGGCUCCAUUAUUGCAUUGGCAAAGUCCUUUCAAUAGUUGGGAAGAUUGAUGGAAAGGUUCCUCAUGUCAGCGAGUGAUUAGAAAGGUGUGGAGUAACAGUAGCGUGUAGCAGUGGCGUGUAGCAGUAGCGUGUAGCAGUAGCGUGAAGCAGUAGCGUGAAGCAGUAGCGUGUAGCUGUAGCGUGUAGCAGUAGCGAGUACCAAUAAAAACACACAUUAACCUCU